UGCUUAGCAUUGUAGUUGCAGUUAUCAGUGGCCCAGUGCGGUCUUGGUGCUUUUGUCUAUGGAGAUUGUGGAUUUUCUGCAGUAGACUCUUGCUUAUCUGUAGAUGUGUCACUGCCAUUCUUCUACAACUGGAAAGGACUUGUCCACGGAAGAUUUCAUGUAUAUCCUUGUGCGGAUGUUGAGUGAAGCAGGAACAGGUUUUGCUUUCAACAUGAAGAGAGGCCGACUUGAAGAAAAGUUAGUUACAUUGAAAUACGAUCCUAUAGUUAAACAGCGUGUCCUCUUCAAAGAGCUGAAAAAGGUCCGUUCCCUGUAGACGACAACUGGCAAAAAUGAUUGAUUCAUACAUGAGGCACACUCAUAGGAGGAAAUGCUAGCCCCGUAGUGUCCUCAGAAACAAGAGGAAAUGGACUGAAAUGGCUGUCUCCUGUAAUUUGAAGACCAUUGUGAAAGAGAACAAUGUAGAAAAAGAAA